AAGGGGCCGUUGUGGGAAUGGUGCUGUGUCGUAAAAGGAGCGGUUUUUACCGUACUGUAAUGGUUGUGAUUGCUGCGCUAUUGAACGCGAAACCCGUCACAUGCGUAGCCUACGUGACAAAGCGAUGAGGAAACACCACAGACUUUCCACAGAUCACAGUACAGACCAGAAAUUCUCUCAAUUCCAAGAACUUUUAACCAUACUUUCUUCAAGACUUUGGCAACUCGAAAUUACAAAGCUACUCAUCAUGGGCUGGAACACAAACACCGUCCGCCAUGUUUUUUGUUGGUUUACAGUCGUCUGUCUGAGCUCUGUAACGCACGCAGCGGAGAACACUGGCAACAUCCCAACAGAGGUUUAUGAGCCAGGAAAAACAACAUAUUUCCACAUGUGGCAGCAAGUCCCAGAACAUCUCAGAAAGAUGGAAGCUCUUCAGAUAAACCAGACGUUUCGAGAAGAUGUUGAUCACGUGAUACGAAAUUUGAACACACUGAGACAAAUUCCUGAGUUGAAUAAACUGAAGAGUUCCAAUUUUGAGAAUUUGUUGCGGGACGAUGUGUCGAAGGCGGUGAGAGGUAUUGCGAACAGUGGAUUUUUGGCAGAGUCUUUGGGUCAGCAAGUUCCUUCUCAAUGUGUGAACGACACGCGAAGGAUUCUUUUUAGUCUCGGCAAAGGAGAGGGAUGGCCUGAACAAAUUUUGGAUUCCAUCGGCAAGCCUGGUCCUUCACUAACUCAAGGUCGUGUUAACUUUGUAGGGAACUAUAAACAAUGUCGUGCAGUCUCUGCGCCCCCAGACCCGAAGGCCUUUAGUAAAGGUUUCAGUGGAACAUAUGCAGUUGUUUCUAUCUUUGUGGGCCAGCAACCGAUCAACCCUGCAGCCAGCCUCAAUGUGCAAUGGGGCUUGUGUUUUCCGGAUACCUGCAGUGCCGGACAAAUAUAUCUUCUGGUGUAUGAGAGUGAGUAG